AUGACGAUGGUUAUGGAAAACCAGAACCGCCCCUAUGGCGGCAUGAGCUUCGACAAUGUCUAUCACCACACUCCACCACAAUUCACAGACCCGUGGGCGCAUACUUCGUCGCACUCGACACCUCCGGUCUAUGCGACUUCCAUGGGCAAUGGCGCCAGCAUGGCCCUUGCUCAGGUCAAGCAUGAGGAAGUGAACCGCACCGGCAUGUCUAUGCCCUAUCCCAACAUUCCCGUGUCCGCUCCGUCAAUGGUGGCUGGAACCUCCUACGCGACCGCCAGCUAUGGCCCAGAGGUAAUGGGAAUGCAACACGAGGUGCCGCGCACAACUUUCGACCAGGCUCCCUCCUACACCACCGCUCCCCCAAUGAGCAACUUCGCACCUUCUAGCUAUGCCUACGCCCCCAUUCACCCCCCUCCACAAGAUACCCGUCGGAUCUCGCACUCAGAUGCUGCUCGGGUUAGCGCUUCGGCUUCCGCCCCCACUUUCGGUGAUGCGCUCGACGCCAGCCGCGGAAUGGUCGCUCUCAGCCAGGAUCUGACCCCUCGCAACAUCUACGGCCCCGGUCCACGUGGCGCGCGAGGCUCGGCUGAUUCCUACGGUUUCCCUUCCACCCAAUCUUCCGCCUCAUCCAUCUCUUCCGGCGGCAACUACCCCUACUACAGCGCCUCGGUGGGCUCCGUCGAUUCCUCUGUGACAGACUACAGCUCCACAACAUCUGAGUCAUACGAGUCGCGCACUCUCCCCAGGCCAACCAGCCUUUUGGCCGGCAGUGCUCCCCCUGGUCCGCAAUCGAUGAUGAGCCAAUUCAGCUCCAAGAUGCCCUCAAACACCCAGAAGAAGCACAAGUGCAAGGUCUGUGACAAGCGAUUCACGCGUCCGUCUUCGCUGCAGACGCAUAUGUACAGCCACACUGGUGAAAAGCCAUUUGCGUGUGAUGUUGAAGGCUGCGGGCGGCACUUCUCCGUUGUCUCAAACCUGCGUCGACACAAGAAGGUCCACAAGGGCGAGAAGGACAGCGGUUCUGGCGAUGACGACGAGUAA